AUGUGUAUACAGCGCACCAAGAACAGUGUCGCCAGUAUAGACAACGCCCCGGCAGCGACCCGGCAACAACCUGGCAGCGUACGGCUCCUUGCUUUGGGAUCUUCCUCCGAUACGGACUCCAUACGGACACAAGUUCAACGCCGUAGCAAGAGAAUGAUUCCCGAGGGUCACGUCCAGCGAACAUGGCGCGUCCGCAUUUUUCCUACGGCUGGACAAAAGAAGACACUCAAGGAAUGGAUGCACUCGGCCCGAAAGACAUACAACUGGGUACUCGGAGUACUUCGGAAGCAGUACGCAAAGCACGGAAAGACCAUCAUUCCCAUCAACUUUGAAGCACUGAAAAAGAACUUUGUCACAUGCAAAAUGUCUCGGUUCCCAUGCAAGCUCCGCCACCUCAAAGACACGCCAUGUUCGGUGCGAGAAGCGACCAUGCAAGAAUUGGCCGAAGCGUACAAGGCGCAAUUCAAACGAUACAGGGAAACAGGGGAAUUCACUACUCCGAGCUUCCGAAGUGUCAAGCACCCUUAUUGGUCCAUCACCGUCCCUCCUCAGAAUUGGUCGAAAAAGGUGGGGAAGCGAUGGCAAUGCUACAUUACCCAGCUCCCCGACGAAGGCAAGCUACGCGUGCGAACAAGGGAUCAAAAACGAGUCCUCAAUCGAUACCCUAACGGUCCCGAUCGCGAAGUCAAGAUUGUGCACACAGCGGCACCGGCAACCUAUGAGGACUUGAACCCCGACGCGAGGGGUCAUUUGGCCGCCCUUGAUCCCGGAUCCAACCCGUUUGUGAAUUAUUACUCUCCCACUCGGAUGCAAGCCGGCUCUUUUGGGACGGCGGACGACCUGAAUCGCCUUCGAAGACCGAGCAAAUGGUUCGCCGAGUGGAUGAAAACGGUCGCCGUCGUCGCAUCGCUCGCCGCACAGCUAGAGACCUCCUCACCUGGUGCCACGCCCCCUUUCGCCGCGCGCUCCAAAUGCGAGAGGAAGAACUUCGUGGGUCCCUUGUGGAGAUCCUUGGAGAGGAAUACACCACCAAGACUUGCAACCGAUGCGGGGUCAUUCAAGACCAAGUCAAUGGCAAGCUCUUUCACUGCAGAGACUGCGGCCAUCGAGUGCAUCGAGACGUCCAUGGCGCUCGCAACCAUGGUCUGA